AGUAUACUCAAUAACUUGGUCCAUGGCUUCUAGCACCUCUACGGCCGCUUCUGAUGGUCAAGUGAAGUUCGCCGACUUGGUCAGACUGAACCAAAAGCGGACUUUGGAGCUGUGGCGGCCUGGACCGGAGCCUCAGGACAUCUAUCCGCAUCAUGUGGUCUCCCCUCCGGAGAUUAAAGAGGCUAAGCAGAGGAGAAUCUUUGAAGACAAUUUUAGCAAAGUCGAUCUGUCGGUUACGAAAAUGGGUCAGAAAAUGAGCGUGUUGAAUUUGCCAACAGCUGGUGCGGCUGCUGCCCCUGCUGGACCGAUGCAGGAAGCAUCUGCAGUGAAGACCACGAGCACAGCGUUGGUGGCGUCACAAGGGAUCAACAGGCUACCCGGAGAGAGCCGUUUGGUGAUUCGAACGGCUGGUACGGCGGCUAAGGGCAUUCUGGCGAUCAAUGAGAAUAUCGGUCGUCAUCGACCAAAGCAGCAAUGGCAUCCUGAUUGGAAGCUCUACAGGGUCGUGCAGGGCCAUCAGGGUUGGGUGCGUGCUUUGGAUGUCGAUCCUAGUAAUGAGUUCUUCGUGAGUGGUGGCAAUGAUAAGAUGAUAAAGGUUUGGGACCUAGCAACAGGCGCAUUGAAACUGACCUUGACUGGUCAUAUACAUAACAUCCGCGGUCUCAAGCUGCACCCGAGGUUGAAGUACCUCUUCAGCUGCGGCGAGGACAAUAUGGUGAAGUGCUGGGAUCUGGAGAUGAACACGGUUGUGAGAAGCUAUCACGGCCACUUGAGCGGUGUGUAUUGCAUGGAGACUCAUCCAACUUUGGACGUUCUAUUCACCGGCAGUCGCGAUGCUACUGUCAGGGUUUGGGAUAUUCGGACGAAGCACGCAAUACACGUCUUGGGCGGCCACACUAGUACGGUGAACUGUCUGGCGUCACAGCAGAUGGAACCCCAAAUCAUAUCGGGUUCGAUGGACACGACGAUCAGGCUGUGGGAUUUGAAGGCGGGCAAAUGUCGAACUACACUAACCCAUCAUAAGAAGGGUGUGAGAGCAUUGGCUGUCCAUCCUCGGCUGCCGCUGUUUGCAUCAGCAGCAGCAGAUCACAUCAAGGUGUGGAGAUCUCCCGAUGGAGUCUUCGAGCGUAAUAUCGAUCAUAACAUCCCGGGUACAGUGAUGCACUGUCUGAAGAUCAGAGAUGAGGGGGACUCGCCUGUGAUGGUGGCGGGCACGGAUGCGGGUCACCUUCUUUUCUGGGAUUGGGCCUCGGGGCAGAUCUUCCAGGACAUCAACACACCACCUCAGCCGGGGAGUAUGAGCAGUGAGAGGAGUAUAUAUGCUUUGGCUUUCGAUCAAUCCGGAGAGAGGCUGAUCACAGGGGAAUGCGACAAGACGAUUAAAAUGUACAAGCAAGAUUAUGAGUCGGCGAAGUCGAAGCACACCUAA